AUGCAAGUGGAAAGGCAGCAUUUCCGCGACCGGUCAGACUGCCUGUUCUGCUGCAUCAACUUCUGCAUCGGGCUCAGCAACCUGGCCACCUUUCCCCACCUCAUCUACGACAACGGGGGACUGGUGUUCGUGGCAGUGUACCUGAUACUGACCUGCACCGUUAGUACGCCAAUGCUGUAUCUAGAGAUGUUCCUAGGACAGUUCUGCGGAUGGUCUGUGCCAAAGGCCUUCGAGGGAUUUCCCAUGGCGAGAGGAUUGGGCUGGACGAUGUUGUGCGGCGACCUGCUACUGGUGGUGUUCCACAUUCCCGCGGUAGCUUACUCGUGGGUGUACUUGACAGCGUCAUUGUCGCCCGUGAUUCCGUGGAGCGUCUGUGAUGAGCGCGACAUAGAACACCGAGGCUGUUACCAGAACCAGCAUGGUAAAUACCUGUGCUCCAUGGUGAAUGAGAGGCUGACCCGGCGGUACUCGUUGUACCACAACACGAGUGACAGAACCAUCGCAGUGCGCACAGCCAAAAGCCGAGAGCCGGUGUACGUGCCUAUCUCCGAAUACGAAGCCAUGCACAACAGCUGCAUCGACGGCAACGUGUCGGCAGCAAGAGCCUUCUACGAGUACGAACACAACAAUUAA